CAGAUACCCGGUAGAGAUUUUUCCUUUACAGUGUGUGUUGUGGUCAGGAUCAAAAGGGAAGAGUUAGGCUUAGGGUCACGUGGGUGUCACCACAGGUACUGAGCUGCGCUUGGGGCCCCGCCAGGUGUACCCGCCCAGAGGCGUCUCCCGCUUAGGACCCUUCACCCCACCGGACACUGGAGUAGAGCGAGGUGAGAGACAGGAAGGUCAUCCUGAUUCCAGCCUCAGGCACGUCCGGGCGCGGCGAUCGCAGGGGACAGACAGAGCGGCCACACCGCUUGGGCUCUGCCGCGCGCCCGCGCCGCACCGAGCCGACUCCGAGGCGCCCCGGGCUUGCGGUCAGAGCCUGGGGAGAGGCCGACCCAUGGAAGUUGCAUCCUGGACAGUCCGGGCUGCGACGCUGAAGAGCACCGAGCCAGUGCUCGGCCGAGCCUCCCGCCCGGAUCCCGGGCAAAGACCGCCCAAAACCUGCUGUUGACCUUCGUCUGCACUGCUCAAUGGUGACCCGAGUCUUCGCUGUCCUAGUUGCAGCCAUUUGGCAUCCCCAAGACUGCCAGAGCACCCGGGAUCUGCAAACCUGGGGCUUGGAUUCUCUUCAGAGACUCAUACUGAGUGGUGGAUCUUGUGAAGGGCUCACUAACUCAAUUCCUGCUCCUUUCAUGUGUGUUAUAUACUGAGAGCCCUGAGAAGGAACUGUUCCUCCCUGAGGAAGGAAACUGCCGUGAUUUACCAAAACCAGAAAUAAUCCACAUGAUCACAAAAUGAGUCAGGAUGGAUCCCGAAGCCGUGCAGCUGGAGAAGCAGCACGUGCACAAGGUCUAUGAGAGCACCGCCCCCUACUUCAGUGACCUUCAAAACAAAGCUUGGCCCCGCGUCCGCCAGUUCCUGCAGGACCAGAAGCCAGGCAGCCUCAUCGCUGACAUUGGUUGUGGAACUGGAAAGUAUCUUAAAGUGAAUAGCCAAGUACAUACUCUGGGCUGUGACUACUGUGGCCCUCUGGUAGAGAUUGCCCGGAAUAGAGGGUGUGAAGUCAUGGUAUGUGACAACCUUAAUCUCCCCUUUAGGGACCAGGGCUUCGAUGCUAUCAUCUCCAUAGGAGUCAUACAUCAUUUCUCUACAAAACAGAGAAGAAUCAGAGCAAUAAAGGAAAUGGCCAGGGUCUUAGCUCCCGGAGGCCAGCUGAUGAUUUACGUCUGGGCAAUGGAACAGAAGAACCGACACUUUGAGAAACAGGAUGUGCUUGUGCCAUGGAACAGGGCACUCUGUUCCCGGCUGCUGUCAGAAUCCCACCAGUCGUGGGGGCAUUCGUGUGAGCAUCCCACGAGCCAAGGCUACCAGGGCCCUGGCUCCGCGUGCAGCUGUGCAGUGUGUUUUAAGGGCAGAUGUGAUUCCAAGCGGUCGCACAGCAUGGACUACGGGCCUGCGGUGGCCAGAACCUGCUGCGAAGCUAUUUCGAAGGAAGGACAGCAAGAGAAUGGAUUAUAUAGCAAUUUUGGAAAAUCCUUUCGCUCCUGGUUUUUUUCCAGGUCUUUGGAUGAAUCAACCCUGAGGAAGCAAAUUGAAAGGGUCAGGCCGAUGAAAAUCGAGGGCUGGGCCAACAGCACCGUGUCCCACCAGCCUUCCCGAUACCCCAGCGUAGACUUGCAUGCCCAGGAGCCGUUUUCAACAAAAAGACCGAACUUAGAUGAGGUGUUCGUAGACGCAUCUUCUCAAAGACACGUGGGCUGCCUGGGAGUACCCAGCACUUCAGACAACUUCAUUGGACACAAGGGAGGAGAGAGUAGGAGGAAGGAGGGGGGCAAUUUUCUGGACACCACUGAUACCGGGAACAGUGUGGCUGCAAGAAAUGGCGGUGAUCGUUCUGCCAGAAAAAUAUUAAGGAGGGUUUCUGCAUUCGACUCCACGGACUCCACCUCAGAAGACCCAAGCUUUGUGGAAGGGCAACAGGAUGGCCCAGAUUCCAAAGCCUUCAUGCGUUACUACCACGUGUUCCGGGAAGGUGAGCUGUCCAGCCUGCUGCAGGAGUGUGUGUCUGAGCUGCAGGUUCUGAGCUCCGGCAAUGACCAUGGUAACUGGUGCAUCAUCGCAGAGAAAAAGAGGAGCUGGGAUUAACUACAUCGCUCAAGGCAGAGGCUACAGCCCAUCAUCUGCUCAAUGGGGCUGAUGUGGACACCAGAAUCGGCACCCUAGUUCAUUGCUUUCAAAUCCAGGUAUGAGUCGGACCGUGAGCACUGUGCCCUCAUCCUCCGAACUGUUGAGUAAGCAUGAAGGCUGGCAUGUCCUGCCUCUGCUGCGGGAUCUGCCUGCUGAAGUUUCAAUCAAAGGAUCCGAGGAAGCAGUAGAAAGUAAACUUAAGUACAGACUUGAUCUUAUUCCUCCCAGAGAUGAAAUUAUUACGAUACGUGUACGUCAAGUGUCAGUAUUAUCUUUUGGUUUUUAAAUAAUCCCCUGUUAAAUAUACCUUUUAAAAGUAGUAAUUUUUAAAAAUAAAUUAUGUUGGUUCUCAGGUAGUUACUUAGAUCCCUGUGGAAGGUAACAGAGACACCUGUGCUGUUGCUGGGCAUGUGUUUAAGGUUCGCUGUGGUGGUAUCUCGUUUCCGGACUUCGUUGCUAACUACAUCAACCCUUCCAGUAUAGCCCAGACCCUCUAAAUUACAUGCAAACGCCCUUAGGGAUGAUCGAUGUUACUAAUACUGUCUUCAGCAUUGCUCUGAGGCUUUUACAAGGCGCUAUUAGCAGAGGGUUGGUGUUAAAGCAGACAGUUUGCAUGCGGCGGAAUCAGCAAACAUCCAUGGCACCAUUGACAGAAGAAAAAGUAAACAAAGGAUUGUUAGCGUGCAGAGUGCUUUACAGGGGUAGCAGAUGGUAUGUCCCCUGGUCACAUUUUCCCCAAAGGCAUUAGGAGCAUAAAUAUCUAACUGAGGUUGUCCCAAAGUUAUCCAGAGUUUUCAACUAGGAAGUGCAUAUCUGAGUUAGCUAAGAGUCUAAUUGGAGCCGUUUUACUUUGGCUGUGAGGACAGAUCUGGAAAUCGUCAUGUAUUUAGUGGACACAUUACUGGGAUUCGCUGCUGCAUGCCAUGGCAUUUAUUCCCUUGAAGGUGACCACAUUAGAUCAUUGUAUCAGUGACCUGGACGGAAUCAAAGCUUGGUCACAAGUUGAAUUUCUGGUAUUCUAGAGUGCAAUGAUUAGACUGGGUAUGGUACAAAUCAAUACUCUUUUAUUUUUAAAGACUUAAUCAUGAGUCUGAUUAAUUCUAUGUUGUGGAUCCCAAUAACAAUUAUGACAGAAUUCAAGACUGAACUCAGGAGAAACAAAAAUAAGUUGGCCAAGGAAUAUGGUUCCAGAUAAUUCGUUAACAAGCAGGAAAUCAAAUAGUCAUUGUACUUUCUGGACCGAUAUAAUGAUGGAGAUUGGAUUAAAAUCCAAUCUUCACUUUCUUUUUUUCUCCCACUACAAAGUUAACAAAAAUUGCAAUGGAUCAUAUUUAUUUGGUGUUUACCCUCUUCAGAGAUUUUGCUGGACUGUAUGAAAAUGAAGCUACUUUUGAAAAACACAACUCAAAAGGUGCUUUGAAAAUGCAAAGUAUAUCUUGUAAACUUUAGAAUGAAUCAGAUAAUUCCUGAGGUUCUUUCAAGUCCAAGUUCCGUCUCUUCAACCCUGCUGUGGAAGUGGCAUGUGUGUCUUGUACUUUCCAGCGUACACUUUGUACAGGGAGGCAUGAAAAUAGGCAUAGGGGUAAAGCAUAGAUUAAAAUUUACUGUGCCUUCCACUUCUUCAAAUGAAGAUAUUAAACUCCAUGUACGGUGGCUUCCUGGGAGAAGCGGUGACUCUGAACUAGUCAGCAGUAAUGACCUCUUUAUUAUGGUUUCCCGCUUCUCUGAGGUCUGUGUCACUUUGACUUGGCUUUCGCUGCUGGAUGUCUAAGCCUGACAUCACCCUGGUUGGAAUGUGCUACCUAAAGGUCAUUCUAUGGAACUCAGUUCAUCAGGCUGUGACAGGAUGGUUUACCAGCUGAUAUGUCUGAACAAGCUCACAAAAUAAACACACACCCCAUCUUGUAUUAAAAAGCCUUCGGAAUGGUUAUUGGGAUAGAGAGAGAUUUUUCCUACAAUGAUAGAGCUGUGAGCGCUAAUAACACCAACCUUGUUAAGUGCAAGAAUUCCAUGCAUCCAGAUGUUUUAUUGUCUAUUUAGCAAAAUCUGUGGCUGGUAAGCUUCCUGGGAUCCUUGUGCAAAAGCAGUCUUCCAUUCAGUGUUUGCCUUUUGAUGAUAAAAAGCCAUUGAGAACUAGUGUAAAUAUCUUAACCGUUUAAAAGGUUGUUCUCCUUUGGGAUUGUCCUCAGAAGGAAACACAAGUCCUAAAUGUAUAUAAAUGGAGACGGUGUAUGUCCGUCGGCCUUAAUCAGCUUGUGGGUGGAUCUCACUGAUCUGUCUAAAGUGAUGGAAAAAACCUUCUCCACGUUAAGACAAAAUGGUGUUUUUCUAAUUCCCUCCUGGCAUCCACACAUGAGUCCCACUGUCUGACGGAGGGAAAGUUCAGGGAAGUCAUUAGAUAAUUGUUAGAGGUUGGACUAGCAGUACCUCCCCGGCUUGUGUGGGGCACUUUGUGGAAACAGACAAGUGAUUUGGGGGGAAAAGUGAUUGACUUGAACGAAAGAUGCAAUCAAAGUAACAGUUUCCUGGGAGGCGAGUGAUUGGCAAGCUUCUCUGGUUAUUGGGUUUUAGUGUUCAUGUGGGGGUGGGGGGGUGUUCUUUGUUGGCAGAGAGACGAAGUAUGACCAGAGUGCUGCAGUGCUUCAGGCUGGCUAUGCACACACACUGGCUGCCAUGCUGAUUGAUCCUUUCCUCUAACCUUGCUGUACGCCAUCCCCAUACUGUCUGUCACUCAUUUUGCCUACCCCUCAUCCUGAUUCUGGAGGCCAAAGACUCCCAUGUGCUCAACUGACCUUCAUUUGAGUCAGCAAAAAAACAAAAAAACAAAAAACAAAACAAAAAAAAAAACAAAAAACAAAACAAAAAAACAAAAAAAAACUGAAGGUGAUUCAGGUGGGAAAGGAUCCAAAUGUAAAUCAGGAUUUCAAAAGUACUUGACUACUAUUGGCCAUGGAACAAAUGAAUGCUGGUAGAUCUUUCAAAUACGUGGGCUCCCAGGAGAACAGGAAAUGGGACCCUAGUUGUACUCAUUAUGUGAGUGAAUGCCUUAGAAACAAGGUGUGAGGGCCUACUGGGUGGCUUGCUGGUUUAGAGUGCUGUCCUGCAGAUGGCCUGAAAGUGGCUCCUAGCACCAUGUCAGACAGCUCACAAGUGCCUCUUCAGGAUGCCGAGGGUACCUGCACUCUCGUGUGCACAGACCUAAGCAUACAUGCACAGACACAGACACAGACACACACACACACACACACACACACACACACACACAUACACAGACACAUGCACACACAGACAGACACAGACACACACACAGACACAUACACAGACACACACACACACAGGCACACACACAGGCACACACACAGACACACACACAGGCACAAACACACAGACAGACAGACACACAGACAGACAGACAGACACACAGACACACACACACACACACACACACACACACCAAAAAUAAAUAUUUUUUAAGAACAGGCUAUGCAUGCCCAGCCUGAAUGAGGAAACUGAAGUAACUGUUCACUACUUGGUUCUUCAGAGCCUGUUGUGAUGGUGCAGAAAAAAGUAAGCCAAGUCUCACUUUUCCUGAACAGAAGAAGGGAUGGGUAACAAUAGCAGCUGACUAAUAUUUAUCACGUUAUGUGUGUAACCCCCAAUAGCUGUCUCAAACAAAUAUAAUCCCCAAUUUGCAGAUAAGAAAGGCAGAAAAGGAAAAAGAUAAUAAUGCGCUAAGAUAUCAGAAUCUACACAAGCAGUAAACAUCACCCAUUUAGUGAAAAACAGCUAAGAUUCAGUCCUAGACUGUCUGGAUCCGGUCUAAGUUCAUAACCACCUGCCAGGUCCCAGACUCUAUGCCAAGUAAGCAACAGAGUGUGCAAGGUUAAGUGUGACUGUCCCCUGCACAAAUGCAUUAAGCAGGUUAGGAAAAGACUACACCUCUCUUUCCCCUUCGUGCUGUCUUUUCAGUAUUUCACAUGUACUUGUCUGUGCAUCUGUCCCUGAGGAGGUCGGAAGAUAGCUUGCAAGAGUUAGUUCAUUCCUCUAAGAUCUAUAUGUCCCCUGAGCCCUCUUGCCAGCCCUGUUUUGUUUCUUUGUUUGUUUUAUAAUUCUAUUUCUAUUUGACUAGAAUUUAAAAAGCUCUUGAUCACAGGGCACUCUGAUCACUUUCUACAAUUCCCAAACCCUCCAAAAAGCAUAGCUCUGUUUUCCUGUUUUAAUCAAUGAAGAACUUAGGGACUAACACAGGUAUUCCUUUUUUUUUUUUUUUUUUUGUUCAGAACCGUUUGGUGUCUCUAGAUACAAGUGAUGAAAGCCAGGACAUAUCUGGGGUAUUGGGUUAUACACAAUAUGAAGACUUAAUGACCAAAAAUUCAAGUGUCCUGCUGGAACACAUUUUGUUUUUGCUGUAUGUCUGUGAUCACAUGACAUUGUUAGUUUUGUAAAACACAAUAUUCAAACCCCCUUCCUGGGGUGGGGGAAGAGAGGAUCACGAUGCAUAUAAUUAACAUGGAGAAUGCCUGUCUGACACACUUAGAUUUCAUUUAACUGAGGCUACCCUGGGCCAAUUGACACAGCCUCCAGCACAAGUGCUCAGUAAACGUAUUUCAGAAAAGGAUGUGUCCUGUAGGGACAGAUAUGAAGUCAUUCGGAAGGCAUGCAGGCCCCUAGUAACCAACUCAAGUUCUGUUUCAGACUCGUUUCCUACAAUUGCACCUGUUUUCUGUUCUGCAAUCAGCUAUUUUAAACAAUGAUUUCAUUAAAACUACAUAAUAGCAAGUCAUUAUCCCAUCCCUUGAAGGGAUCUAAUAUAUUCAGACUAGAAAUGCUGUUAAUUAUAAACUUUCCUCAAAGACAGACGCACCAGCAGGCUCAUUCCAUCAAUAGACACAGGAAUGCUAGCACUCAUCUGGCAAAGGGAGCCCUGGGAAAGUGAGAGGAUCAGAAGCCCCACUUGAUAUUUCAAGUCCUCUGGUCCCAGCCUUGGGUCAGAAACCAGAACUCUGUUUUGACACCAUGGACUCCAUCCCCAAGUCUCCAGUUAUAUUCAAAACUGGGGUAAGAACUUAAAAAAAAAAAAAAGCUCUUAGCAACCAAGAACUGAGAUCAAAGCACAAAUAGCAUUCCAAGGGAGGGAAGACUGGAAACCCAAGAGAAUGAUGAAACAAAACGCAGGCUAUGAAGUGUACAGUUUUUCAUCUUGUUUGAAACAGGGUCUCAUGUAUCCUAAACUGGCCCUGAACUUGCUGUGUACUUGAGGAUAACCUUAACUUCUGAUCCUCCUGGUUUCUAUGAGACAGGAGAUCCAGUGCAAGGCCUGAUGCAUAAUAGGCAGGAACUCAACCCAUUGAGCCUCAUCUCCAGCCCCAAGCUGUGUAACGCAUUAUUCACCCUGAGUCCCACAGUGUACCCCAGUAGUAGAAGUGUUUCAUUGGAGUGUUACCCUACUGUCUGCCCCUCCACUAUGACGGUUCUCCUUCGAUGGAUUAUAAACAGACAAUAGAUCACUUCAUGUUGCUACGUAAUCUGGCUAAUCCAAUGGACCACUUGUGAGAACUGAUAUCCGAUCAGAUACUCAACUGGCAAAUACACGCUUUGUCUCCUUUCGACUAGAGCUGGGAAAAAAAUAAAGCAGACUCUAGUAUAAUUAAGUGUUAAUUCAACCACAUGAAAACACCUGAUUUUCUCCUUAGUUAUUUGUCGAAGGCUCCUAUCUCAUGGGGGAAAGUGAGUGCCUUAGUUUCGGUUUUAUUGCUGUGACCAUGGCAACUCUUGUAAAUGUAAACAUUUGAUGAGGGCUGGCUUACAGUUUCAAAGGUCCAUUAUCAUCAUAGCAGGAAGCAUGGCAGCAGGCAUGGUGCUGGAAGAGCCAAGAGUUCUACAUCUUGGUCUGCAGGUAGCAGAAGGAGACUGGCCUCCACAGGCAGUCAGGAGGAGGCUCUGAUUCCACACUGGAUGUAGUUUGAGCUUUUAUAUGAGACCGGAAAGCCUGCCCCCACAGUGACACACUUCCUUCAACAAGGCCACACCUCCUAAUAGUAUCCCUCCCUGUGGGCCAAGCAUUCAAACACAUGAAUCUAUGUCAGUCAAACCUAUUCCAACCAGCACGGUGAGUCAUGGUAAUUCCUUUAUGGCAAGUGUAGCCAGAUAUCAAAAGUCCUUAGACGAAGUAUCCACAAAUUUGCAUUCAUACAGGAGAAAAACUAUGAAACACAAGCUUCCUCUUAUGCACUAAUCCUAAAACUUCUCCUUAGAUGGUGUAUGGUAAGAACUCAAAAUUCUCCUGUUUGUUUAUCCAGGACAUUGGCAAUAUUUAAGACCCACAUGUAAGAUCUAAGACAUUCUGAAUAUGUAUGUGAACAUGUCCCAUGUUCUUCAGAUGCUCUUCAAUAUGUAUGUAUGUAAUAUAUAUGUGCAUACGCAUAUUUGUAGACUCCCAGUGUUUGUUGUCAUUACUGACCAGGAAAAGAGUUCUCUUGUGUGCUUGCAGAAGACAUUAAAUUAGCAAUUACCAUAGGAACGCAUCUCAUUGAAUUGGCCUUUAUUGUUGCUUCAGGAGCAUUUAAGAAGACUGCUAGAUGCUUUCAUGCCUUCCCUGGUGUUGACAUAUGUAUUUGUGUCAAAAGUGUGAAGCUUUUUUCCCCUUAAAUAUAGUUAUUUUAAUCUCCCCCCCCCAGGGGGAACUAGCAAUAGAUCUAGAGCACAAAUUGAUGUAAGACAUCUUGACUCUUACAAUAACCUAAAGAUAUUUAUUUACGUGAACCAACAGUGGCCAGGAUCUUUUUGUAACAGCUAUUUAAAAUAGCAUAAUUUGUAUGCCUGUGAUAUGUAGUUGAUUAUUUAUGUGUUUGUGUAUUCUUUAAUAAUAGUCUCAAACAAACAGGAUUGGAGUUUUCUUCCUCCCGAAUGUGUCAGGGCAGGUGCUGUUAGGCUCGCUCACAUGAUGCUUGUUACACUUCAAUGAAACUCAACCAGUCUGUACUUGAAUUCUGUUCCCGUUGUCUGGAAGCUGGGUUAGCCGUCUAAUGAUACAGCAUCUUUUAUGGGUUGAUAGAAAGGAUAUUAUCUACUUUUUAAAAGACAUAUUUUAAGACUAAUAAAAGACGUAGUAGACCACCCCAAA